AUGGUCAACAUUCCCAAAACCCGUAAGACCUACUGCAAGGGCAAGGACUGCCGCAAGCACACCCAACAUAAGGUCACUCAGUACAAGGCUGGCAAGGCUUCUCUAUUCGCGCAAGGAAAGAGACGUUACGACCGAAAGCAGUCCGGUUACGGUGGUCAGACCAAGCCUGUGUUCCACAAGAAGGCUAAGACAACGAAGAAGGUUGUGCUAAGAUUGGAGUGCGUCGCCUGCAAGACCAAGCUACAAUUGGCACUGAAGCGAUGCAAGCACUUCGAACUUGGUGGUGAUAAGAAGACAAAGGGUGCCGCUCUGGUGUUCUAA